CAGUCAAGUGCUGCCAGGGAGUUUAAGUAACUAACCUAAGACAAAAGACGCAAAUCGAGGUUAUAUAUCAAGCGGACAGUUAUCAAAGACAGUGAAAGUAUUUUAUAUUUAAAACUACUGGCAAGGUUAGUAAAAACACUGACCUGAAAGCAAUGGCGGACGUUCCGAUAAUCGACCUGGGUGGCAUUUCCAGGAAAAUGUCCUACGGGUUCAACAACCCGUUCAACGGCGUCGAGGGCAAGACGCCCUUCCUCAUCGGCGUCUCUGGAGGAACUGCCAGUGGAAAGUCCACCGUCUGCAAGAGGAUCAUGGAGAAGCUCGGCCAGGUCGACAUGGACCACACCGAGCGGCAGGUCGUUUGUAUUUCCCAGGACUGCUUCUACCGCGACUUGACACCUGCGGAGAAACUCAGGGCUGAGAAAGGACAGUUUAAUUUUGACCAUCCUGAUGCUUUUGAUAAUGAUCUUAUUUUGUCGACGCUUCAGGAUAUUCUUGCUGGGGUUAAGUGCGAAGUUGCUACUUAUGAUUAUCGGACCAAUAGUUUGCUAAGGGAUCAAACAACGACUAUUUAUCCAGCUGAUGUAGUCCUCUUUGAAGGGAUCCUAGUGUUUUAUUUUCCUAAGAUCAGAGAUCUGUUUCAUAUGAAACUCUUUGUUGAUACUGAUUCUGAUACAAGGUUGGCAAGGCGAGUACCAAGGGACAUUAACGAAAGAGGCCGAGAUCUGGAUUACGUGUUGAACCAAUACAUGAAUUUCGUCAAGCCAGCUUUCGAGGAGUUCUGCUUACCGACUAAAAAAUUCGCAGAUGUGAUAAUCCCUCGUGGCGCCGAUAACACAGUGGCGAUAGACCUUAUCGUGCACCACAUCUGGGACAUUUUGCAUUCGAAAAAAAUGAAUGGAGCUGAAAUGCCACCAGUGCCCGGGCAGCAUCCAUACCUUCACCGUAGGCGCAUUUCUACAUCAUCAGACACUCUCAGCAGAUGAUUCAUUCCGAUUCAAUUGUUUAUUUUAUUUUUGUUGGUUUUUUUUUAUCGAUUUUCCUCUGGUGGCAUGUCAUUUCAUCGCACACUCGAUCAUUAGUUUAAUAUAAUUAACACUUGUAUUUUUUAAUCUUUAUAUUAUUAUAUAAAUUUAUCAAUUAGUGGAAUGUACGUUUGAUGUACAGUAAUAAAACGUAUGAGCAAGA